GACACCUCGCGGCCAAUGUUGGCGGAGAUGUGAUAUUUUCCGGUAAAGUAGUUUGGUGAUUGUUUGAGACAUUAAAUAAGGAGAAAGUACGUAAAAAAUGUAUUAUUGUAUCAGUUCAACCUGAAUCAACUACGUUAAUUUACUGUUUGAAUCGCUGCUCCGAGCGCGAUAAAUUUUCGUAAGUCGUGUCUGUAAUUCGUGUACAUUAGAUAUAGCAAUAUACAUUGCAAUAGGGCGCCUCGAAGUGUAUUAAAACAUUGAUCGAUGCUGUGAAAGUGCUAAACAGUAACCAAAUCAAAGUAUUUAUUCCACUAUGUAGCCGUUAUAUCGUACUUAGCAGUAGUUUUAAGUUCGCAUUGCUAACCAAUGACUGUGUUACACGCAUACAAGGUUAAAGUGCGUUAAUUCAUAGUUAUUGCUUUUCUCUGGGGCAUUAGUAGAUAAAAAUGAGCGGAGAUAUGUUUGAAGGAAAAGAUUACCCAACCCAGUGGGCUCUAAAUCCUUCCGCUUACCAAAAUAUGAGUAAUGAUCAAGUUGAUUGGGCAGCAUUAGCUCAGCAGUGGAUCAAAAUGAAAGAAACUGUAGUGCCACCAGCACCACCUCCUCCUACUAUUAAUCCUGUGUGUGCUGGGACUGAUGGGAGCGGAGAAGCUCCUAUGGAUAUGGAUACAAAAGAGGAUGAUGUACCACCAGCACCACCUGCACCCACAAUUAGUGGAUCAGCUGAAGCUUGGAGUCAGUGGAAUCAGUGGGGCCAUUGGAAUACCUCAGGUUCUGGAGCAGGUACUUGGGAAUGGACUGGUGUACCUCCCCCUGGUGUUUCUAUAGGUUCUGAUGGGAAACCUAUGGGAAUUCCUACAGUACCUAUUGUCCCACCUGCUCCAACUAUAUCUACAACAUCUGAAUUUAAUGUACCACCUCCAGCAGCACCAUCAUUGUAUUCUUAUAAUUCAGUACCUCCAACACAACCUUAUAGUCAGGUGUCUAGUUAUUGGUCUGGAGAACCACCCACUGCAAUACCCCCUCAACCACCCCCUUUUAUGAAAGGAGUUAGACACACAAACAGAACAGGGCAUAUGAGACCCAUAGACGCUGUAAGGUGUCGAGAAGAUCGUGAGAAAACGCCUGAAGAAGAUACAACUACAACUAUAGACGCGGCAAAACGUAGGCAAUUGCCAGCAUGGAUUAGGGAGGGUUUAGAAAAAAUGGAGAAAGAAAAACAAAAAGCUGUUGAAAGGGAAAGGCAAGAGGUUCUGAGGAAACAGGAAAUAGAAGCUCGAAAACAAGCCGAAGACGAGGCUCGAGCAGUAUUGAAUCCUGCUAAAAGCAAAUUCGACUCUGAUUCUGAUAAGGAAACAGAGCAGGAUGCCGAUGAGGGAGCACGUAAUCAACAGGCCACCGAGAAAAAUUUCGAACGAACCCCGGACAUCCUUCUUCGACCACGGAAAUCACGGUUUCGCGAUGCGGAUUCACCAGAUGCGCACGGGCAUACAGAUAGAAGCCCAACCACUUCCAAUCUGACUAUACCCAUACCGAAGCGAACCAGAGAAGAGGUGCUGCAGGACGUGAUGUUAAAGGUUCGGAGAUCGCUUACGGAAAUUCUUCUGGAGGUAACAAACGAAGAAAUUGGUUCUAUAUGCAGAGAGGUUUGGAGCCGCGCACGUGCCAAAGUCCCUGCAGGAGAGACCCCCGUCGCAUCCCUCAACAACAUGGCCCCUCUUGCUCAGAUCACUCGUAAGCUUGGUCUGGGCAUCUAUGGCGACAGCAACAGCGAGUCUGAGGAGGAGCAGAACGAUCACGUCCAAGCUCAGAACAACGACAGCGACGAUGAGCUGAUAGAAACGGUGAAACGGCGUCAGCAAGCGUUCAAAAAGACGGAGGAGGAAAUCGAGGCGCGUCUGGCCGAGGAGGAUGAGAGAGAAGAGCAACGUUACGAGGAGCAGUAUAAUAAACAACAGGAAAAUCAUACUGGUAAUACAAGCUGCAAGGACACAGUUGAUGAAAAAGAAACGGUAAAUAAUCAAAGAGAAGCGUCUGAAACUUUGUCGAGCGGCGGACAAAGUCCACAGCAUCAAAUAGCGCCGCCUGAUACGGCAAAGACCAAUACUCCAUCAGGGUCGGCCGAUUCCGAAUCUAGCUCGUCCGAGUCGAGCAGCUCUGACUCGAGUCGUAACUCGUCCAAGAAGAAAAGAUCGAGCAAAGCUCGUGAUCGUGAAUAUCGAAAAAGGAAAUCCAAAAGUAGAAGUAAAUCGAGAAGCAGAAAAUCACGGUCCCGUUCGUCCGACCGUGGUGGCCGGAAACGCAAGUCAAGGUCUAGAUCGAUUAAGUCACGUAAAGAAUAUCGUUCAAGGUCUUCGAGCAAUUAUAGGUCGACGAAGAAGCACAGAUCGAGAUCUAGAAAUCGUAAACGUCGUAGAUCUCGCUCGAGAAGUUGUCGUAGAUCUAGAUCCAGUACCGCGACCAGGAAAUGGUCACGAUCGCGUUCCCGGGGAAAGAGGAAGUCUCGUUCUCCUUCUAGAAGUCGAAGAAGAAGUCGUUCCUAUUCAACUAGACGAAGUAAAUCUCGUGGCAGGGACAAAAGAAGAACACGAUCACGAUCAAGAGCCAGAGACAGAUCACGAUCACGAUCGAAAGGACGAAAACGUUCGCGUUCUUACGUUUCCAGGAGUAAGAGAAGGACUCGAUCUAGAUCUAGGGAUCAUAGAAAAUCACGAUCAAGAUCAAGGCAGUCGAAUCAUCGGGACGGUAAGAAAUCGUCGCAUCAUCGGUACAGGAAUUGAACCCUGAACCCAAACUUCUAGCCAAGGUUGUAUAUACAUAACAUAUAUAUAUUCAUUAAUUAAGUCACUUUUCAAACUGUUCGUACGCACGGAACCAGUGUGAAGAAACGAAAUACUAUAUAUACAUUUUGUUCUUUAUAGAAAUACACAAAAGAGAAAGAGUAAACAUUA